UUUAGAUCUUAACGGUUCUGCUACUGAGCAUUGUCUGGAGACUUCAUUUUUUGAAGAUUGGUUGAGGAGAUUCUUUGAUCUUUUUAUCUUUUGAAAAGUCUGCGAGUUUUUCAUUCACUUGGCCUAGUCAAACUUGGAAAAUUGAAAGACUGUUUCUGGUUGAAUGCAAGAGUUUGAGACUUUGCCUAGACAUGGCCUCAUACUGCCAGACACAUCUGACUUGGGUUAUGAAUGGAUUUAAAACAUACUAAAUGUCAUCUUGAAUUUUCUAUAAAAUUCCGUUAAACCAACAAUUUUCUCAGUUGACUUGAAUAGCUAGCUUAAUCGGGCAUUUGUCAAGUAUUAUAAGUAGUGAGACCGGGUGCGUCAGGGUGCUGUACAUGUCCCAUUGCACCAGGACCAUAUAACCCUUUUAAUUUUAAAAGGAACACCAUAUUUGCACUUUACCUAUUCUGUAAGCGUGAUGGCUUAAUGUACUUCAACACUCUUUAAUCAGAUCAACCCUACGUUUCUCAUAGAAGUUUGUCAGGUCAUAAACCUGAAUUAUUUGGUUGACCGCUGCCUGUGAACUUGUUUCUACACACUCAGUUCAUCUUCACAUUGGAAGGUUCUUAUUAUCUUAAAAAUUGAUGCUGAACCUCCUUUCUUCUCAUUACAUAUAGGUUUGGCAAACUUUACCUGACUAGGCUUUUAAAAAUCAUCGAGUUAUAGAACUAAUACAUCUAGCUGUUUAUGAAGGAUAACUCCAAGACUCCCCAAAUUGCUUAUUGCAAGGUUUUUUUUCCCCCUAGUUGUCCGUGCUAAACUGAUGGUUAUUUAGGAGAAACUUCAUAAGUAGAUCAAAUUCAUAAACCUAGAUCACCCUGCAUCUCCAUGGUUUCUGUGCAAUCUGAAUUUAUGUCCAGUUCUUUGAAUGUUUGUACUGAUACAAAAUAUGUUUCUGUGCAUCUCCAUGGUUUUUGAGAGAUUAUUAAUUGUGGUAUUUUCCUAUGCACCCAAUAUGUGCUGUACACUAUAGGGUUUAUCUUAGUAAAAGUUAAAACAGUUUAUAAGGUAGCCUGAAACUUUCACUCUUGAAAACAGAGUGAAAUGCUUAUGUCUAAUAAGAACUCCUUGUAAGAUAAUGAAGUGUUCUUGUGCUUCAAGUUUUGCUUGAUAUGCAGGGCAUUUUAUGUGGAUUUUGUAUCACGAGCAUGCAUUAGUGGUUUCAGCUGCAUAGUUUGUGGGCUCAUAUGUGUUGGAAAAUUACAGAACACAAGCAAGUUUGAGUAUUCUAGUAACAAAAAAUAACAUAAUAAAACUAUGAAGGUAUAAAAAAUGGUGUGUGCAGACAAUAAGCUGUUUCAGCAAUCUGAAAUGUGAGUCUGUUGGGCUUGGUCUGUUACAGUUUUCAAUUUCCCUUUGUUGGUAUGGUUGGUAGGAUUGAGUCCAUGAUAUUUUGACCCUUGAAUAGAUGCCAAUGCAAACCUUCGUGGGUAUUGUAGCUUUAAACCCAUGACCUCAAUGUUGGUAGUCCAAACAGUAGGAGCACAAUGCUUGACCCAAUUACCUUCAAUAUAUUACAGCAACUGCAUUUGGAUGCUUCCAUUAUUUUCUUAUUGGGCUCAUGUAUCCGUGGAGUGAAUUGGCAGGCUGCUCUUGAGGAUGCCCAUGUUCUGGUUGGUGAUGACAUCAACUGGGUUUUUAGGCCUUGCCAUCAGCUUCACUUCAAUGUGGUUUCUUCAUCAGACGGGUGCUACUACAUACAGGUUGGCUCUAUCGGAAUUUCUGCCAGUGAUGAGUUGUGGGUGGCCUCCUACAUCCUUGAGGGGAAAGGAAGUGCGUUUUGUGCUGGUGGUGAUGUUUUAAAUAUGGCCCAUUUCGUAAUCACCAGUAGAUGUCUCUUUUCUAGCCUGCGACAAAUCCUUUAAUGAUAAGAUAUAAUACAUUGCAAUAGAUUUUUUUUGGUGAUAUUAAGUCAUUUACCGAACGUUUUAUGAAACUCAGUUUUGGAUCUUUGUUUGAUGAUUUUUACUCAAUUAACAUGGACUACUUUCAUUUUUUGGAGAAUUGGGCAUUGUUAAUGACAAUUGUAAUGCUUGGUUUUUUAAUUAAUCAAAUCAUGGGAGCUAAUAAUUCA